AAUCUAGGGCAUACUCACCAGCAAUGCAGAUGUUUAGGUGAAGUUAUAGCCCUCUAGGCAGUUUUUUUUUCUUACUUUUUUUUCCAACUCAGGUGAUCAACAGGUUAGAAGGGUUGAGCCUACACCACCACCCCCGUGGUGUAUGAAAAUAUAUAUCUGUAACAGCUUUGUGUGUUUGGGCUGCUGAACAGUGCAGCCUAUGAGAAAAAUAUGUUAACUGAAACGACAUUUACCUCAAUUAGGGCAACUGGGUGGACUACGCUGCCAGCACUGUGGCACAGAAACGCCCUGCGUGUCUCUGAGUACGCGUGUGCAUACCAGGUAAACGUCACAACUUGCAGAGAAAGCCUCUGCGAGCGCGCGCCACACUUCCUCAAUCGACGGAAUCACAGAGCGAAAAAAAAGAGAGGAACAAAAACAGUAACUUUCUUUGGGUUGUAGUCACAAAGAGUCAGCGCUGACUUUGCAAGACGAGCAGCAGCUGGUGUGGACUGUGGAGAAAAGAAAGGGAAACAGUGGUUCAGGGAAGGUUCUCUGAAGGUGAUCCUGGUACCCGUCACCAUGGCACCUUUCUUGAGAAUCGCCUUUAACUCUUAUGACUUGGGUGUCCUGCCUCCUCCGGCUGACCCCCCUUUCUGUGCAAUUAAGAUGAAAGAAGCUUUGACAACUGAACGAGGUAAAACACUGGUUCAGAGGAAGCCCACUAUGUACCCGGCCUGGAAAGCCACCUUUGAUGCACACAUCUAUGAGGGUCGAGUGCUUGAGGUACUGCUGAUGAAAACAGCAGAGGAGCCACUGGCUGAGGUCUCCGUCGGAGUGUCUGUUCUUGCUGAGCGCUGCAAGAAAGCCAAUGGACGUGCUGAAUUCUGGGUGGAUCUCCAUCCUUCUGGGAAAGUGAUGAUGGCAGUGCAGUAUUUUCUAGAAGGUGUGGAUACAGAGAGCAAGCAGUCUGUGAAGGAGGAAGAGGCUCCUACCUUGAAUCGUAGACGAGGAGCCAUCAAGCAGGCCAAGAUCCACUUCAUAAAGAACCAUGAGUUCAUUGCCACAUUCUUCAGGCAGCCCACUUUCUGCUCUGUGUGCAGAGAAUUUGUCUGGGGACUCAACAAGCAAGGCUAUAAAUGCAGACAAUGCAAUGCAGCUAUUCACAAGAAAUGCAUAGACAAAAUCAUCGGCAGAUGUACCGGUACUGCUGCCAACAGUCGGGAUACUGUGUUCCAGAAGGAACGGUUCAAAAUUGACAUGCCACACCGUUUCAAGAGCUACAACUACAUGAGUCCCACCUUCUGUGACCACUGUGGAAGCCUGCUGUGGGGUCUGGUUAAACAGGGCCUGAAGUGUGAAGAAUGUGCCAUGAAUGUCCAUCACAAGUGUCAAGAUAAAGUAGCCAACCUAUGUGGUAUCAAUCAGAAGCUACUAGCUGAAGCAUUAACACAAGUCAGUCAGAAAUCAUCCACUCGCCGUUCAGAUCCGAACUUGCCUCCUCUGCCUGACAUAGGAAUAUACGAUGAAGUUAACAAACUUGCUGGACUCGACAUCACUGAUGGCUCUCCAUAUGGCAGACUGUGGGAAGGGUCCAGCCCACGGCCACAGUCUCGUAUUACUCAUUUGACCCGUGUCAACGUGGACAACUUUAUAUUACACAAGGUGUUAGGAAAAGGCAGCUUUGGCAAGGUUCUCCUGGCAGAGCUGAAGGGACAUGGAGAGUAUUUUACAGUGAAGGCUCUGAAGAAAGAUGUUGUGCUCAUGGAUGACGAUGUAGAAUGUACUAUGGUAGAGAAAAGAGUCUUGGCUUUAGCCUGGGAAAACCCCUUCCUCACACACCUUUACUGCACCUUCCAGACAAAGGAGCAUCUGUUCUUUGUGAUGGAGUAUCUGAAUGGAGGUGACCUGAUGUUCCACAUUCAGGAGAAAGGGCGCUUUGAACUUUACAGAGCCACGUACUACUCUGCCGAGAUCAUUUGUGGUCUUCAGUUCUUGCACUCCAAAGGCAUCAUCUACAGAGAUCUUAAGUUAGACAAUGUGAUGCUGGAUUAUGAAGGGCACAUAAAGAUUGCUGACUUUGGCAUGUGCAAAGAGAAUGUGUUUGGAGAGAAUCGUGCCACGACCUUCUGCGGUACUCCUGACUACAUCGCCCCAGAGAUCCUGUUGGGACAGAAAUACUCAUUCUCUGUUGACUGGUGGUCAUUCGGGGUGUUGCUGUACGAGAUGCUGGUCGGUCAGUCGCCAUUUCAUGGGGAUGACGAGGAUGAGUUGUUUGAGUCCAUCCGCAUGGACACUCCCCACUACCCCCGCUGGAUAAACAAGGAGACCAAAGACCUGCUUGAGCGGUUGUUUGAGAGAGACCCCACACGCAGGCUUGGAAUUGUGGGUAAUAUCCGAUCACAUCCUUUCUUCAAGACCAUUAACUGGCAGGCCUUGGAGAGGAGAGAGAUUGAACCCCCCUUCAAACCCAAAGUGAAAGCCCCCGAUGACUGCAGCAACUUUGAUCGGGAGUUCCUCAGUGAGAAGCCGCGGCUCUCCUACAGCGACAAGAACUUCAUAGAUUCCAUGGACCAGUCUGCUUUUGCUGGUUUUUCCUUCAUAAACCCCAAGAUGGAGCAUCUUUUAGAAAAGUGAAGGAUGUAACACAAGUUUGACUCUGGAGACCUUGUUGUUGUUUGUGGGACAAUUCCUAUACUUGCAGAUGAGUUGGCUGUUCUUCUGUCAGUAUUUGUGUAACGUUAUUUUAGGCACAACAUAUUCUUGGGUACAUAUAGAGGUAGAAAUGAGCCAUUGUACUGUAUAUAUUGAUGUUAUCGUGUUUGUAUGCAUGCUUGUUAAGUGUGGAGGCUGUCAAAGCAUGUAUGAAUAAUAAUAUUAUGAUGGGAAGGUAAAAAUUUUACAUUCCACCUGAUGCUACCAUCUGCUGUCAUUUUUGUCCCUAUAACAUGCAGUUCAAGUCAGUUGAUUAAAAAAAUAUAUAAAGGGGAAGAAAUUAAUGAACUGUUUUUCAGAUGUAGAUUGUGUAAAUGAAGUGACUGCAUGUUUAUGAUUCAGAACAAUCAUAACCUGUCCAUCUUCAAAAUAUAGAUUAAUAAUGAAUGUUAUCUGUUUAAACAUCUUAAUUCCAGCGUUUAACUUAAUAAAUCAGAAGAACUGUAACAGUACGAAGAAGUUUGGUUUACAUUGGUGAGUGAACAUGUACAGAUCAAAAUUUAAACAUCUACUGCAAUUCUCAGCUAUAUAGAAAGAUCCUGUCUGCAGACUGGGGAGGACUGCGUGUAGCCAGAGAGUUCGGUAAUGUUACAUGAGUGUAGUCACUUAGUGGGGCAUUGUUGAGAUGUUGUGUAUAAACAAUCUAGAUGUAUAUUGUUUGAACAUGUAUAUUGAUUCAUUAAGGAUGUACUUUUUUGUACUGUCUCCAUAUUUUACAUCUAAUUAAAAAAAUCAUCAACUUA